UGUUUCUUUGGGCAAGACCUUUCACCCAGAAGCUUGUCUCACAAAGUAUAAUUUAGAUUAAGACAUAAAGUUCUGUUUAUUUUUCAAGUUUGGACUAAUAAUUGCAAGAACGAGAAAAAAAAUGGGUCAAUUAUCAGUAACAAUUGUAACAUCAUUUUUUGUGGUGUUGACAUACUAUUUGGUGAUGUUCAGUGUUUUUGUGAGUGCAACACCGACAAAUACGGCAGAGAGAGCUGAUGAUACACCAGUACAAGUUGACACAAACAGAAAUGGUGCCAGACUUUUCAAACCAAUGGUCUACGCAUACAACUUCAAUCGAAAUAUUCGAACACCAUUUAGUAGCAGUAUGGUGGGACAACGAUUAAUGCCAGCUGUUCAGCAUAAAAUACAACCGCUGGAAUUGGAUUUACUGGUUGAUGACGAUGAUUUUAUUGAUAAAAGUAAAAGAUACGAUGACUAUGGCCAUAUGCGUUUUGGCAAACGCGGAGAUUCAGAUCAAUUUGAUGAUUACGGUCAUAUGCGUUUUGGUAAGAGAGCCGGAGCCGAUUAAACUGAUGACGAUCCACGAUUUUUAAAUUUGAAAAAAUCAAUAUCCAAAGAAGAAACAGCAAAAGUUAAAUGACUUCCAAUCACGUAUUGAUUACAUAUCUUAUUUGAGGGAGAUUUCGAGUAAAGAUUUUCAGACGAAAUACAAAUACAUGGAGUACACGCCACCACAACACAUUUGAUAUUGAUUUGAAUUUGUGUGAUGUUCAAUUUUCUGUAAAUAUAUAAUUUCCAGCAUGAAAUGAAUAAAAAUAAAAUAUUCGGAAAA